UUCGGGCUUGCGGGAGUAAGCGUGUUGGACUGCUGCAAAAUGGAAGCCAGUAUUCCAUUUACCUACGCUUCUAGCAGUGCCCAGCCCGGGGCUGUCAUCCAGCAUGCUGCAUGGACUGAAAAGUUCCUCCUGGGAGAGGAGAUCCUGGUGGCGCCCGUGCUGGUGCAAGGCGCCACCAGCAGAGACGUCUAUCUGCCCCAGGGCAGCUGGAGGGAGGGGCUCCAUCCGGCCAACAAGCUGAUCCAAGGCCGCGCCUGGCUCAGGAACUACACAGCUGCUCUGGACGAGCUGCCGUACUUUAUACGUCAACAGUAGACAGCUGUCUACACCAACAAGUAUCAGAGGGCCCAUUAACAAACUUUACAAGAGUGCAAUUCAUAUAAAAUAAAAUUUAUACCAUCAAGUUAAUGUAUGUUUACCACA